AUGGGGCAGCCAAGCAGAGGAAUGGGUGGCAUACGCUACUUCCGGACGUUCAUCGAUGUCGAGGAGGAGCCGAUGUCCUUCCCCGCUCGAGCCCAGAGCUGCCCGCCGGCGAACGCCGAGAAGUUUGAAGAGGAUCUCGAUCUGGCGGCCUACGUCUCGGAGCUGCCGGGACGGGCACAGGAGAUGAAGUCGAAGUUGACUCCCCCGCCAAGCCCGUCGCCACCGCCACGCGCGCCACGCGCGAGUGUCCCAAGUUUGGGCAGCCGCGGACAUCCCGAUCUGUGCAGCCGGCCUUGCAUCUUCUUUCCAUUCGGCUGCCAUCUCGGGGAUUCCUGCACUCACUGCCACGCCGACCACGCCGGCCGCUCCGCACGACUGGACAAGCGUCAGCGCCUGGCCCUGCAAGCGCUGGGCGAGCGUGGCCUCCUGAUGCUUCUCCUCCCCCACUUCCGCGACCGCGCCGCAGGGGCCAAAGUGGCACCGCACACCCAGGGCUUGAUCCACAUGCUCGAGGCGGCCUUGGCCGACAUGGACCAGGAGGAGGACCCAGAUGUCCUUUCUUUGGGCAAGAAGUUGGAAGGCGUUCUCUCGCGAAUGAGCCUGGCAAGCCUUGCUGGACUCGUUGCAUCCAGGCGGUUCAGCAGAAGCAGCCUUCCUCAGCGCGUUCAAGGAGAGCUGGAUCGUCUCCGCUCCGUAGCCACGUGA